UUGUGAAAUAGCCACCGUCGAAGCGUCAAAUUCGCCAUGGCCACGCCAUCAACGCCACGCAGUGUUUUGCACACCGGUGUUGGAGGUACCGCUGAAAACAGCGGCUUUGAGGUACACAGAGGCCGCACGCUCGAACCGGCGGGCAGGUACUGGACUUGCAGACAUGGAUCCUCGAGCAAAGUCACGUAUUCACAGAUGUCAAGGAAGAGAGUGCGUCGAUAUGUGCCCCGCUACGUCCUCGAUCUUAGCUGCUCGACUUUUCAAGACUCGAGGAGCAUAUUCGCGACUGGAGCAUGCGUAGCGUAUGUGGCCGACAUUUCCGUGCCGGUGCUCAAUUCGCGUAUUUGCGCGUUACCCUCGACCCACACAUCUUCCUCAAGCUCGGGCCGAACCCGCGGGACCUCAGAAAACGUGGAUGCAACCGGAAAUAUCUCCAGCGGCGAUUCGCGGCGCACCAGAAAUAUCUUGCCAUCGACACGAAGAGCUUGCUGCGAGGGCAUGCCAGCAUGGGAAAGUGUCCCGUAAUGCUCAUUGAGCGGCAGACACACCGAGCGCUCCAGCUUGUGUUACGGAGCUGCGGGCGCGGUGAUACGAUAUUCCAGGCCAGUCAGAAAUGUUCGAACGAGCUGCAAUCGCCAGCGACCAUGUAAUCGAUGCCACCAGUGGGCUAUAGGUAGGUCUCGUUGUCAACAUGCUGUGAGCCUCACCGAUGGGAACAGCUUCAUCGAACUCUCCAGGACGAUCCUCACAGCAGAUGCCGCGAUCAGCCCGUCCUAGGACAAACUCGUGUAUCGGUGCCAUCUUACUGCGCUCCCAGC